CUUCUUCUUCGCGCUCCUCCUUGAAUCUCCAAAAUAUAAACGAGACCGAGCAGAUUCGGGUUGGCCGGUUCAAAAGCAUUGUAAACCGGUCUACUUGGUUCGGUCACUGACCGUGUCUACGACGAUCGUGACGCAAAAUGGCGGGAAAUAUUGGCGCCAUUGUCGACAAUGGAGCAUUUCUCUCUCGUCUUCCUCUAUAUAAUCCUCAUUUAUCUCCUUCCAAUUCGAAAUCCAACUUCAUCAAUUUCAGGUACGAUUCCCAUUUCUCUCAAACUCUAACGAUGGCGCAAAACGGCACUUCAGAAGUUCAGGUAUCGGUGCGGUCGCCCAAGGUACAAAAGCUUACUCACGAGAAUGGUGAAUCUGAAGAUGUUACCAAGUCAUCGAUGCGUCUUAGAGUAAAAAAGCUGUCUGAGAAAGCCGUGUUGCCAUCGCGAGCAUCCGCUCUCUCCGCUGGUUACGACCUUUCCAGUGCAAUAGAGACGAAGGUUCCCGCUCGAGGAAAAGUUCUGGUUCCAACUGACUUGAGCAUUGCGAUUCCGAAAGGAACUUACGCUCGGAUCGCGCCUCGUUCUGGUUUGGCUUUGAAGCAUGCGAUCGAUGUUGGUGCUGGUGUUAUUGAUGCUGAUUACAGAGGCCCGGUGGGAGUGAUACUGUUCAAUCACUCCGAUGUGGAUUUUGAGGUGAAAGCGGGCGACAGGAUCGCUCAGAUGAUUCUUGAGAAAAUUGUGACGCCGGAGGUGAUAGAGGUCGAGGAUUUGGAUUCCACUCUCCGAGGUGAAGGUGGCUUUGGCUCCACAGGUGUUUGAGAAAUCUCCUCCUUAGAAAUGGCAGAUUUUCGGUUCUUUUUCCCAUUUUGUAUCUCAAAAACCAUAUCAAACUUUUUGUUUAACAUAUAUAUGAUUGUCAGGAAAAAGAACUUUGUAUUGUAGCCAUUUCAAUCAAUGAAUGGUCAAGUUUUCAGAUAUAAACAUAAAGAUUGAAGGGUA